UGCACGUUCAUAUAGGGCGCAGCUCUGCGAACCCGGAUAGUUGUACUCCGGCUGAGUUCAGAAGGAAGGCGGAGAGAUGAGCUGGGCGCCAGCGUUCCUGAGUGCGGCCGAGGUGCAGAACCAUCUUCGCAGCUCCAGCCUCCUCAUCCCGCCCCUGGAGGCGGCUCUGGCCAACUUCUCCAGCGGUCUGGAUGGAGGGGUCACGCAGCCGGUGCGCACCGUAGUGCCGGUGGCCAAGCACAACGGUUUCCUGGGGGUCAUGCCCGUCUACAGUGCUGCAGAGGAUGCCCUGACCACCAAGUUGGUCACCUUCUACGAGGGCCACAGCACCACCUCCAGUGUCCCGUCCCACCAGGCCACUGUGCUACUGUUUGAGCCAAGCAAUGGCUCCCUUCUGGCGGUUAUGGAUGGAAAUGUCAUAACUGCAAAGAGAACAGCUGCAGUGUCUGCCAUUGCCACCAAGUUUUUGAAACCUCCCAGCAGUGAAGUGUUGUGCAUCCUCGGGGCUGGGGUCCAGGCCUAUAGCCAUUAUGAGAUCUUCACAGAGCAGUUCUCCUUUAAGGAGGUGAGGAUAUGGAAUCGCACCAGAGAAAAUGCUGAGAAGUUUGCGGACACAGUACAAGGAGAGGUACGGGUCUGUUCAUCAGUCCAGGAGGCUGUGACAGAUGCGGAUGUGAUCAUCACAGUCACCAUGGCAACAGAGCCCAUUUUGUUUGGUGAAUGGGUGAAGCUGGGGGCUCACAUCAAUGCCAUCGGAGCCAGCAGACCUGACUGGAGAGAACUGGAUGACAAACUCAUGAAACAAGCUGUGCUGUACGUGGACUCCCGGGAGGCCGCCCUGAAAGAGUCUGGAGAUGUCCUACUGUCAGGGGCUGAGAUCUUCGCUGAGCUGGGAGAAGUGGUGAAGGGAGUAAAGCCAGCCUACUGUGAGAAGACCACAGUGUUCAAAUCUUUAGGAAUGGCGGUGGAGGACAUGGUUGCAGCUAAACUAGUGUACGAUUCCUGGUCGUCUGGUAAAUAAAAUGAAGGAACUUUGUUUUUAGGUGGAUUCUACAGCUCAAGCGGUAUUACUGCCAGUUUUAUCAUAAUUUCUAGAUCAAAUGAAGGAGCCCAGUCCACAGGGAGCUAUAGUCUUGUGCUUACCACGUCUUGCUGUAAAUCACCAGAUCCCCAUUUGUGUUUGUAGAUGGAAAGCAAAGCUAGGGACCAUGCUUUCUGUUAUACCAGAUUAUAGUAGUAUUCCCUUUCCUCUGUAUUUCACUGGCUUUUGUAAUUCCUGAAAAUAAAGCACUUUUCAAUUGUGCA